ACGGCGGCUCUUGGGGCCUGGGGGCUGCUGUCUGCAUUGCGGGCAGGAUCGGGGCCGAGCAGCACUCAUGCUUCAGGGCCUGAGGGGCUGCGGGGGUCAGGAAGGCCCCAGCUUGUGCGCCCCAUGGCAGUAGCCACAGCCUAGGACAGGUAGGGGCACCUGCUCCAGCGCCUGCGGGUUGGGGACCCCUCUCAGCAGGCAAGGGGGGUCCACGGCUGGCUGCCGCAUGCCCCCAUCUUCCCAGGACAGUGGCGCGGAGGAGGGGCAUCCUCAGCACCCGUCCCCACCCCCAGCUAUUAAAACCUCCUUCCUGUCAGAGCCGGGCACAGAGCCCAGGAGCCCAGGCCCCCAGCCCCUUCACCCGCCUAGCCCCCUUGGUGUCCUAGAGCUGGGCGCCGAGUCCCCGGGGCCCGGCUCCCUGCUCCCCCCGCCCGGCCCCCGGGCGCUCCCAGAGCCAGCGAACCUGGGCGUCCGGGCCCCCGCCCCACCUGCUCGGCCCUGCGGCUCACCCUGCCCUCGGGCGCUGGGCUGGGACCCAGGCGUCCGGCCUUCCUGUGCGCUGUCUCCGGAGCCGCCGGGCCGAGCUCCCUGUCCCAGCAGGAAACAGCAACAAGUGCUGGAUUUUCUCCCCACGCUUCCUGCUAGGGCAGGGCAGGGCAGGGCAGGGCAGGGCACCGCACCCUUACUCACCUUGCCCAGCCAGGCAUGGUCUGCGACUGACCCCACCGCUAGCUCAGCACCUGCCAGACCGCCGGCAGCAUGGCCCUGCGCAACCUGUCGCAGCCGACGUAUGAGCCGGCCCCCAUGCCCCCGGCUGGCACCGCGCCCGGGCUGGACAGCAUGGCACAUGGCUUCCUGGGGCUGGUACAGCCCAACGCUUUCCCGGCUGAGCUCCUGUCCCGGCUGAUCCAUGAGCCAGCCCACAUCAUGGAGCCCGCCACGUACAAGCAGGUGCUGUCGUACGAGAUGGGCUUCCUGGUGUGCGCGGCCAUUGGCCUCCUCUUCAUCCUCCUCAUGCCCCUGGGCGGUCUCUGCUUCUGCUGCUGCCGGUGCUGCGGGCACUGCGGGGGCCGCAAGUACCAGAAGCAGGACGAGCGCACAGGCUGCCGGCGCCGCACGCUUUGCACCGCGCUGCUGCUGCUCUCCGGCCUGCUCCUGGGCUGGAACGUCUGCGCCUUUGUCGCCAACACGCGCAUCUCCCAGGCCGUGGACAGCAGCUUCGGCACCUUCAACAGCUCCGUGGGCAACCUGCGCACCUACCUGGACAACAUCCCUCAGCAGGUGGAUUUCGUGGUGAACAGCAGCCAUGUGCCUCUGGACCAGGCCAACGCCAGCCUGCGUGACAUCAGCUCUGUUCUGGGCGGCAGGAUCGUGUCCAGUGUUGGCCGUGAGCUGCAGGCAGCCCUGGACAGCGCCGCGCGCCUGCUGGAAGACCUGGACAUCCUGCGCACGGAUCUGCGGGAUGUGAUCAACUCAAGCCAGCGGCUGCAGGACGGGCUGGAUGGCGUCAGCCACAACCUCAGCGCCCUGUGCUCCCGCAUUGAGCACACCCUGGAGAGCUGCGGGCAGUCCUGCAAGCCCCAGCCCCACUGCCCCCGUGCCCCUGCCAACCUCAGCCUGAUGCCAGAUGCGGGGCACCAGCUGGAGCUGCUGGACAACCUGACCCGCUCCGACCCCCGGACUGUGAUCCAGCAGGCCAACCAGACACUGCACGACACGCCGCAACGGGUGGAGAAUGAGACGCGGGACCUGGUUGUAGACGCGCAGGCCCAGCUGGACCAGAUCCGGGGGGAGCUGCAGCAGGCUCGGGACAAGCUCUCGAGCCUGGACGCCCUGAGCAACGUCUCGGCCACCCUGCACGGCGUCGCCCACUCUGCCGCCCGCUACGAGCCGCUCGUCCAGGCUGCUGACCACUACAGGUGGAUAGCGGGCAUCUGCCUGUGCUGCCUGGUGCUGCUGGUGGUGCUGAGCUACGCACUCGGCCUGGUGCUGGGGGUGCUGGGGCUGGACCCCGCCACGCUGCCCAUGGACCGUGGCUGCCUGCCCAACAUCGGUGGGAACCUGCUGCUGGCGGGCGUGGGCUUCAGCUUCCUCUUCUCCUGGCUGCUCAUGCUGCUGGUGCUGCUCUCCUUCCUGCUGGGGGGCAACGGCUACAUGCUGGUCUGCCGCGCCUGGCACGACCGGCAGCUCUUCCAGUUUCUGGAAACCCAGGGCAUGAUCCCCGGCUUCAGCCCAGAGACGCUGGGGCUGCGCGGCCAGACCCUGAACCUCUCCCAGGUCUACAACGCGUGCCAGCAUGAUGCCCCGCUGUGGAGUGCCCUGGACCUGGGACAGACCGUGCCCCUGGAUGAGCUGCUGAACCUCAGCCAGUACACAAGCGAGAUCCACGCAGCUUUCGCCGAGACGAACCUGACGCUGGCGCCGGUCGUGCUGCUGAGCACCGAGCAGACCGACCUGCUCCGCACCCUUGGCAAUACCACCCGCCUCACCAACCUGACCGCCGACCGCCAAAAGGUGACCGGGGCCAUGGGGGGCUGCAGGGGACAGUCCAUGCUGACCCCUGACCUCCAGGGGAAAGUCCAUGCUGACCCCGAUCCCCUGCCCCCCUCAGCUGAGCACCAUCCCGGGCCGGGAGCAGCUGCUGGGGCUGGCGGAUGA